UCCAUUCUUCCCAUCACGCACCACCAGCUCCAUUAAACUACCUCUGCCCUGCACACCAUGGCCUGAAGAUCCAGACCACCGCGUCGCAACUCCGACUGCCACCCGGAAGCCCCUGCAGCCCGCGUCACAGCCAUGGACUCGGCCAGCAUCGACGGCAUCCUCGACCGCCUGCUCACCGGCUUCGAAGCCCUCCAAGAUGCAUACCAGAAGCUGCAAGGACAACACCAGGCAUUGGAGAAGACUCUGGAGAAGCAAAGACAGCAGUUUCAUGAGCUUCGCAAAUCAAGCACUUCGAGCGCCGUCACGAGUCCUCCCCUCAGCCUAUCAUCUUCCAUUACACAACGAAAACGGGGUACGCAGGAACACGCCCCCGGAGACGCACCUGCCUCCGAACGACUUGAACCUUUGUCGAAAGACAAGAAUGCAUUGAUAGAAGAAGCAUCGGGCGCGGCAACCGUGCUCAGGGAAGCCCUCUCUCGCCGGCCGGGGCAAGCAGAUGGAGUAAAGAUCUGGUCGGGCAGAUCUGCAGACGACACGAACCCGAGCCAGCCGUCGAUACCCGAGACGUCACAGUCCCCAUUAGAGCAAGACUUUACUAUCGAGGGCGUCCCCAGCAAACUAGGAUGCCCCUUCGCAAGCAUGGCCAGCAAAAAGCUAUCAUCACACGCGGCUAGCGUACUCAACAGGUACGGUCAAAACGGCCGAAGCGCCGCGGCAGCUGCAGCAGCAGCCAGCCCAUCCGUCAGCGCAGCCAGUCGGAUCAACGGGCGAGAAAGUUUCGCAAAUCGACAAGGCAACCGGCCCAGCACUCUUGAGCCAGGAAAUUCGCAACUCGACCACGAAUCGCCACAUUCCGAACGAGCACUCAAGGAGCAUGUGGAAAAUCAGGAGGAGGCCGGAGUGGGCAUGUGUCCUAUUCGACUCCUCGACCAACGCUCCCCCGAAGAAGUUGCGACUUACUUUGAACAACACAAACACGAGCUUCCGCGGUCGCACGAGGUUUGCGUGAAACGCUAUCAGAACAGCGAGCAGCAAAUCAGGAAACUGGACGCCAAAUACGGAAAUAUGGUCACCAUGAUACAGGGUCUGGGUGCCAAGCACCAGAACUUCCUCCCCAAGGAGCCUGAUGAGGAGCUCUGCAACGACCCCACGGAGGAGACCAAAAGCGAUGAGAAGGUGCGGAAGUGGGCGAGUGGCGUAUCCGAACAGGCUGCCGUGGGGGAAGAUGCAGCGGCGAGCGCGGAUGCGGAAGAUCGCCAGCCGCGCUUUGAGCGGCCGCUGAGAGAAAUUCGCGUUGGCGAGUCGCCCAGUCGGCCCUGGGGCAUAUCUGUCCCUGCGAAGUAUCUGGAUCACGUGGAUCAAGUGGAUGAGAAGGCCGCAGCCGUCUCCUCCCCCGAGCCUCAACUUCCCCCCGCUGGACCCGCGGCGACGCUGUCAAAGUGUCCAUUCAAGCCUGCUGCGGUCUCUUCCGCAAAAGCGGCGUUCGUUGACCCCGCCACCACUACCGCUCCUCAGGGCGCGGAGCGGAUGGUUUUUACCGGUCCGGUCUUCAUUGGAUACAGCGCCGAGGAUGCGGCAAGGAUUCUGCAGAACAAUGGUUCUAGAACGAAAUAAUGGCCUUGUUCUACAAAUUGGUAGCAGUGACACAGUUAGCAUGUAUCUCAAGCAGCGUGUAUGUAUGAGAAUGUCGGUGGAAUCAG